AUGGUCGACGGUGGCACCACCGCCCAUACCAAAAAUAUUAAUCCCCCUGACCAACAACCCCCUCUUUCUCCCCUUUCCCCCACCCCCGUAGCCGCCUCUAACACCGCCGUCGCCCCCUCCCCCGCCAAGAGGAGCAAAGGCAGAGGAGGACCUGAAAACGGCAAGUUCAGGUACAGAGGCGUGAGGCAGCGGAGCUGGGGGAAGUGGGUCGCCGAGAUCCGAGAGCCCCGCAAGAGGACCCGCAAGUGGCUCGGCACCUUCGCCACUGCCGAGGACGCCGCCCGCGCCUACGACCGCGCCGCCAUUGUCCUCUACGGCUCCAAGGCCCAGCUCAACCUCCAACCCUCUCCCUCCGUCCCCCUCAUCUCCUCCCGCGGCGCCUCCUCAUCCUCCUCCUCCGCCCAGUCCCUCCGCCCCUUGCUCCCCCGCCCCGCCCUCGGCCCCAUGUCAUACCUGCCGUACGGGCUUUAUCCCCUCGUGGGAUCCCCGUCGUCCGUACUGUGUCCCAGCGCGGUACAGAAUCCGCACCCGCAUCAGCAAGUGGUGCAACAGCAAGGACACGAAUCUCAUCAGAAUCAACCCCCACCGUCCGAUGUGAAAACCAGUGUCGGUGGUGGGGCUGCUGACCCCAUCAUAACCAUUCAGAACCCUAGCCACCAUCAUCUCCAUAUGGGAAGUCUCUACGACGAAAUCAGUUGUCUCGUAGGGUCGGUGGACGCCAGCUUGUCUCUGUCGUCUGAGCCGGCGGUUGAACUUCCGGGGACUGAAGCGGGGGUGGGAAGUUGGCCGGAGUCUCCGCUGCCACUCUGGGCGGUGACGAACGACGACGAGUACCCGCCGGCGGCUUUUCUGUGGGAUUACGGGGAUCCUAAUUUCUUGUUUGAUUUUUGAGGGAUUUUGAAGGGGCACCGGUGCAUAUGUAAAUGCAUGCGGUUGAGGUUAGCAAUUAAUGAUCGAUCUUAGGCGUGUAGUUAAUUAGAUGGUUGCAUGUGUUGUAUUGCACAAAUUCGAUCAUCUGUUUGAAGAGAUUGAUAUAACUCUGGGCCA